AUGUGGAUUCUGCAGUCGACGGGAGAAUUCCUGAAUGGGAAGCGCGUAUGGCUCCGACCUGGCAAGCGUUACCUCUUCGGUAGGACCGAUGAGCCUGGCGUCUCUCAUGGCAGCAAAAGCCGUUCAGUCUCGCGCAAACACAUGUCCAUCGAGGUGGCUAAUGUGACACCCCGCGAUGGAACCUUCGCACACGCCCGGACAAAAGUCACCGUGACCGACCUUGGCUCGACGAAAGGAACCUUUGUGGACGGUGAGAAGCUCUCCGGUGAGCGCAUACUCGAUGGAACGGAGCACAGCAUCAUAUUGGCUAAGGCUGCUUAUACACUACAUCUCAAGUGGGAACCCGUCGUGCUCAGCUUCUCCUUCUCCUCCAGGGAGAUGAAGGCUGAAGAUCCUCUCGCCAAAGUCCGCGGCCGACUAGAAUCCCUCGACAUCAAAACCAUCGUCCCAUAUCUGGUGGACCAGACCACCCACGUGGUUCAAAAUAAACGCAACACGGCGAAAGGUCUGCAGGCCUUGAUCAACGGAAAACACAUUGUCAAAAAUUCAUACCUCGAUGCCAUCGAAUACGCAACUACCCCCACCGACUUGGAGAGCGAGGCCGCUCUUUCUCCUUUAGAAAGUGACUUCGAUUCAGCCUGGCCAGAUCCAAAUGAGCAUCUUCCUCCAGCGGGAAACGAGCCAACCAGUCGUCCUGCCGAAGCAUUUGCACCCAACCCGGAUCGAAUCAACAUCUUCGACAAAUAUACAUUUGUGUUCGGAGAUAUGACCCAGUUUGACAAUCUACAAGCAGCGAUCACAAAUGGGCACGGGAAAGCUCUUCAUUAUGAGGUCAAAGACGGCGAGACAACCGCUGCGGAAAUUGUACGAUUCAUGAAAAAAGCAGCAGGAAACCAGGGUGUCGGGAAUGAACGAGUUGGGAAAGGUGGUGUUGUUUUGGUGCGCUUCCGGUCCAAGGGGCACUACGAAACUUGGUCUAUUGAGGUGGGAAAUGAAGUCGCUUUGAUGACGGACCAACGUGUGAUUGAGCAGCGCGAGUUUCUUGAUGCCAUUCUGAGCAACGACGCUGCCCCGUUAUGUCGCCCACUGCCGCAUGAAGAAGGAUCCAGCCAGGUUUCCAUCACUCCAGCACCCGAAGAGCCAUCGCCGCCAUCACCACCACCAGUGGUUCGAGAUGAGCCCUCUACAUCGAUCUCGCCACCAGCGCCAAGCCAACCGCCUACAUCACGCCUCAAAGCAGGUCGUGAACGCAAAUACGUGAGCAAGAUGAAAACAUUCGAUGAUGGAUUCGAUAUGGACUCUAUCCCCGCCUAUGAGUCAGGGCCAGAUGAGACCGUCGAUACACAACCCAUAGAUUUCGAGCCCAUCGAGCAGUCAAACCCAGAUCAGACCAUGCCAACAGUGGAGGAGAACGAAGAUGCUGAUCAAGAUGCCGUGUCUGAUCUGCUUCCUGGUGCACGGGCCAUGAAGCGCCGACGAGCGGAGAUGGGCGACGAUCAAACUAUGCCCGCCAAGCGCAUAAAAGCAGAAUCUGCCCCCAAACCCCGUCGCCGCAAGAUAGAUGUGCUUGAAGAAGCACGUAAACAUCGCGAGGAAGAAGAGAAACAGCAACAGAUCGAAAAGGACUCUGCCCUCUCGAAUGAAAUCGACAUGGAAAAACUACGCGAUCUUGCCAUUGUCGAGGAGAUGGAGUUACCCGUUCGGCAACCCCCUGCACGAGAGGAAAAUACGUCAGAUCGCUGGGACGACCAGUGGAACGGACGCAAGAACUUCAAGCGGUUUCGGCGUAAAGGAGAACCCCGUCAUGCUCGCCAACGUGUGCAAAGUGUCAUCGUACCGCUGGAAGAAGUCACUCGCAAAGAUUUCGGCAUCGGAGAACACUACUGGAGCAGCAAUCACAAGCCAUCUGAGCAAGCUCCGGUUGUGGAAGUGGAAGAGGAAGAGGAAGAGAAAGAACAACUAACGACAACGACCAGUCAACCUAGUCGGAAUGGGCGAUCAGUAUCACGGUCCCAGUUGUCUGUGCCAGAGACUUCUAUCCCUAAUCAAACCCCUGAAUCACAAAGCACCCUUGCUCGCAGUCGCAGCCAGAAACGGCCUCGCCCGGUGCAAGACUCGGAGAGUGACGAUGAACCCAAGUUCCGAUUUCGCCGCAAGCGGUAG